ACAAUUGUCAGUAAUUAGAGUUCGGAGAUCAUUUGCAUGUUUAAUACUGAAUUCAACAGUAUAGCAGAAAACCCGGCUUUGGACUUGUAUCCCGAUCACUCGCAAUCCCAAGUCAAUCAGACUAAUGAAUGGAUGUACGAUAAGAUAAAUAACGGUGUCUAUAAAUGUGGGUUUGCCAAGAAGCAGGAGCCUUAUGAUGAGGCUGUGAAACAGUUGUAUGAAGCUUUGGACAGAUGUGAGGAGAUACUUAGCAAGCAACGAUACCUUUGUGGAAACACAUUAUCUGAAGCAGAUAUUCAUUUGUUUGUGACUCUCAUAAGAUUUGAUGAGGUUUAUGCAGUCCACUUCAAGUGCAACAAGAAACUCCUGCGAGAGUACCCAAAUCUGUUUAACUACACCAAGGACAUUUUCCAUGUUCCUGGAAUGAGCAGCACAGUCCAGAUGGAUCACAUCAAACGACACUACUAUGGAAGCCAUCCUUCUAUCAAUCCAUUCGGGAUAGUUCCUUCCGGCCCAAAAAUCGACUACUCUUCUCCUCAUGACAGAAACAAGUUUUCUGCAUAG